AUGAACGCUCAACAUCUUCCCAUCCCGCCCCCGGUCACAGAAACAUUUUCCUCUCCGAGUCGUUCAUCCGGUCGCUACCUUCCAGGUCUGGGCAUUACCUUAGACCGAGAAAGUCCACCAACCGACGUCGUCAAUUUCCCGUCGUACUCCUACGGACGAGUCAACUAUGUCCCCUCGGUCAGUUCUCAGAGCCCUGGCUUGGAAUAUGUGGACCCAGACCCAGCCACUAUGGGCUCUGUCGCGUCGCCGCCUCCCAGUACUGCAUCGCGGACCAACAGCUCGGACAGUAGCUGCUCAAGCACUCGCGCAGUAAAGUCAAACUCGCCAUUGGAUAUCCUCGCUGCGGAUGAUCGCCAAGAAGAACUUGAUCCCUCCGAAAUCCACCAUCUGGAGUACUCACACGCGAUGUACCGCCGUCUGGAGAAGAAUGCCCUCAACUAUGCCACUUCGACUGGACCAGAAGUACCUUAUCGCGCAUCUCCCGAGUUCUGUGAGAAGCAGGAGCUGGAAUAUGCGAAGGAUCUGAAGCGACGGUUGAACGACCAGCCCUUGCCAGCCUUGCUCACAUUUGCGGAAGGUUAUGGUCUCCCUGGCACGGUGGUUGGACAAGACAACGACCCGGUUCGCAAUCGAGGCUCCUCCAAUGUGUUUGGACCAGGCAGCGCGCACCAGCCGGACAUUGUCCGCGUUCCUGGCCCACUAUCACAGUCAAGGUUCAAUCCUUUCGAAUCUGACCCAUGCCCUCUUCAACUAGGUCGCCCUUCCAACCCACGACAAGCGAUCCGGUCCACCGUACCCCAAGCCAAUGCGCUGACUGAAGGCAGAGGACAGAACUUCCGUGGCGCCCCUGGCCAGUCAGGCACACAGCUGGCGCAGAUCCUGUCACUGGGCAGCACUCCCCCUCUCGAGACACAGGAGCUUCCUCGCAGGAAGCGCGUCCAUUGGACAUCCCCUCUCGCCGAGACCAGGUAUUUACCACCCAGCGGAUACUAG